CGUUUUUCGGGACAGCCGGCUAUAUACGAGUUAGGCGGGUACCCGAGCUCAUGAUCGGGUCUACAUGCAAAAGUCACCAUUUGGCCACCAUGCAUGGAUGCAUGAUCUUCCUAGACACGUGUCAUCUUCCCACACCAUCCCGUUUCUACAAGCACCACCUUUCAUUUACAAAUCAAUCAAAUUAUUAAAGCAUCCAUUUGAUAUCUCUCGUCCAUCUCAGAUCUCUCUUUAUCUCCGAUAGAUCCGAUAGCUUGGCGAAUGGCAUCCGCGGUUGAGCGUCACGGCGGCGGCGGGGAGCAGACGCCGCCGGGGAAGGCGAUGACGGUGGAGCAACACGCGGUGGACAAAAGCGCAAUGGUCCUGCAAUCUCUGGCCCCAAUCAAAGGGAUGAAGCAACAUGUCUGCACUUUCGCACUCUGCAGCCGCGACUUGGGCCGGCAAAUCGAGACCCACCACUACGUCAGCCGCCUCAACCACAAUUUCCUCCAGUGCGCCGUCUACGAUUCCGACGACUCCCGCGCCCGCCUCAUCGGGGUGGAGUAUAUUGUUUCUGAGAAUAUUUAUGAGACUUUGCCCGAAGAUGAACAAAAGUUGUGGCAUUCUCAUGCUUAUGAGAUAAAAUCGGGAUUAUGGGUGAGUCCAAGACUACCAGAGGUGGUGGUGAGACCUGAGCUUGAAAAUCUUGCCAAGACCUAUGGCAAAUUCUGGUGCACUUGGCACACUCAGAGAGGUGACAAGCUUCCAAUAGGGACGCCAUCCCUAAUGAUGUCUCCACAGGGAGUGAAUCUAGGGAUGGUGAAACCCGAUUUGGUGUACAACAGGGACCACAAGUACAAAAUAUCCACAGACAGGCUGAAGGGGUCCCGCGUAGACAUCCCUGAGCCCGAGUGGAUCAAUCCUAUGUCCGACUAUUGGAAACAACACGACAGAAAGGGCUUCGUUUUGGAGGCUGAGAUAACCGAAAUGAUCAAGAGGCCUGCCGCUGCAUUCCCUUGAUUGUGAAGUUCUUCCACUGCACCUAAAUAAUCUUGUUUGGAGAUGAUUAAUGGCCUUAUUUAGAGAUUUGGUGGUUGACUCAUCAAAAUGGCUAUUUAUG